AUGGAUUGCUUGAGUCGUGCUAUUCAAAAAUCAGCGUCCAAGGAAAUCUGUCUCUUGCUUCUAGACACGGGAGUUGAGAUCGAAGACGAGCGUCAAGAGCAGUACUUGAGUGACGCCGUGAAGCAAGGAAACACAGAACUAGCUCAAGUGUUCUUGGAUUACGGUGUCAACAUCAAUGCUCAGGAGUACUCGGGCGAGCCGCCUCUUUACUUGGCCGCGAAAGAGAGCACUCUAUCCAUGGUGAAGUUCCUCGUUGAACGGGGCGGGGAUGUCAACGUUCGAACCAAUGUCAAGGGGCUAACGCCGCUGUAUGGAGCGGCACUUCAAUCAAGACCGGACAUCGUCGAAUAUCUGUUGGGCAAAGGAGCCGACGUGACUAUUACUUCAAGAUUACGAAACUGGUCUCCGUUGGAGGGUGCUUAUGACUAUCCGGCCGUCAUGGCACAUUUGGUUACGAAGGCGUGGCCGCCCCCCGACUAUCAUCGGGUGGCUGAAUUUGGCGACACCCAAUGUACAGCCCUUUUCCUCUCAGCGACGUUCGGCAAGACUGAAUGUGUCAGGUUGUUGUUGAAGCACGGCAACCCGGACAUUGAAUUCACACCAUCCUCGGAUAUCGAAAAAGAAAAGGCUGAUACGAGGGGGUACACUGCUCUAGCUGUUGCGUGUCUGUACUCGCACACGGAAAUUGUGAGGCUGUUACUAGAGAAUGGGGCCAACGUCAAACAUCGAGUCCCAGUCUCUAGUUGGACACCGCUUCACAUCGUACGCAACAGCGAUACGCUCGCAGUUUUGCUUGAAUACGGUGCCGACAUCGAAGCUAAAGAUGUUGAUGGUUGGACGUCUCUCUUUCACGCUGUAGUGAGUGGAAAUGUAAGCAUUGUCCGGCGUUUGGUGAACGCCGGUGCCAAUCUGGAGACUACCGACAUUGGGGGUUAUACCGUUCUGAUAGAGGGCGUAUUCCAUGCUGUAGAGCAGUACCGUGAAGAGAUGUGUAGAUACCUCGUUUCUAGAGGCGCUCUAGUCAACGAUACGAGCACAGAUAGGUUGGGAUCCAGCGUGCACAAGUGUUGCAGGCUCGGUGGCAUAGAUGAAGUGGAGUUGAUCUUUAAGCUAGGCGGUGAUGCAGGUCUCUGGCACGGGAUGCAGGGUACACUUCUCGAGGCGGCAUGCAAGAGUAUCAACAAGAACAACUUUGCAGUUGUGAAGUAUCUUGUUGAGCAAAAGGGGAUUGACAUCAACGGUCCAGGAAGCUACUUCCGCUGUGCCAUGGGAGAGGCGUUUCGGUCCGGCGACGAAUCACUCAUAAGAUACCUGCUUGGAAAGGGUGGGAUUUUCAACACCACGGACGGCAACGGACAACCGGCAUGGUUCAAUAUUUGUUACAGGAAGGACGACGCCCUCGAGAUCUUCGACAAGCUACUAGCUGACUACGGCGCGGUCGACCCACUAGCCUCGCUAGGGGACAAGGACAGAAUGUCACGGACUAUUCUGCACUGCGCAGCACAGUCAGGGCACCUGGGGCUUGUUGAGAGACUUGUCGACCUGGAUCCGAACCUAAUCGAUUGUCGUGACCUCGAUGGGUGGUCGGCGAUUCACUGGGCAGCGCAAAUGGCUUGUAUCGAAGGUCUUGAAGAAGAAGAUUACCCGCAGAAGUGGCAAGAGAAGACAGAAGUCAUCAAGUUCCUAGCUCGCAAGGGAUGUCCUGGUCUGGCAGAACGUGUGCCUGAUGGUAAGGGAGGUACAUGGAACGUACUGGAAAUCGCGGGAUACCAGGGUGCGCCUGAUGCUGUUGUGGCCUCGAUCAGGGAUUUGAUGGAGGAGAAUCAAGUUCAAGUCGAAUCACCCAAAGCGGGUUCCAAGAACGCUGGAAGAUGGUCUUGCGAUGGCUGCCAUACUCGGAUUCGGAGUGCUUUCCUCCGUUGCGAUGACGACAGCUGUUAUAAGAACUUUGGUGUUUGCUUCAAGUGCGCGUCUUACAAGAACAAGGUUCAUGACUCGAAACACGUGUUCGUCGUUCAUGAAGAGGUCUCGGACAGCCAUAGCUGCGUUGAGCAAAUGGGAAAUUAA